UCGAAAGCAACAUCGAGGGGUUCCGAAUGAGCUUUUGACAGAUGGCGGGAAAUUAUGGCUAAAAAGGAAACUGGAAUACAGCUAUUGGCCCGUCUUGGGAGCCGGCCAUCAGUGAAGGGCCUGGAACCAGCAGUUUUUGGUAAUGGUCCACAGUGCAGGGAUGCCAUUGAAAUAUAUGGCGAGGAAGGCACAGGAAAAACUGAGUUUAUGGUUCACCUUAUUGUACGCUGUAUCCUGCCCGAGACCUGGAACAACAUUACCCUAGGUGGACAUGGAGGUGGUGUUGUUUUUAUUGACACAGAUCACAAGUUCUCCAUUCUGAGACUGGCUGGCCUCAUGGAGAGACAUGUGACCAAGGCUGCAGCCAAUAAUCAGGGAAAUAGCACAGAUGAUGUUCCAGUAGAUUCGGAAGCCAUAGAAAACCUUAUCACUCAGUGCCUUGAGAAACUAUAUGUUGUCAAGUGUACAAGUAGUACACAAUUAGUGUUUACAAUUCACAACUUGGAAAGCUUAAUUUGUAGUGAUCCUGAUAUUUCAGUGAUAAUGAUUGACUCUAUCUCAGCAUUUUAUUGGAUAGAUCGAGCUCUAGGUGGUGAGAGUGUUGCAAUUCAGGAGGCCAAUAUGCGAUUGGCUACAGAGGCCUUGUUAAGGCUUGUCAAUACCUACAGCCUUGUUCUGUUUGCUUCAAAGUCAGCUGUGUUCAAAAAGAAAGGGUCAGAUUUGGCUGAGGAUAAUGAACAGAAUGGUGAAAAGAGCAAAAGGGUUAAGUCCCUGCUGAAUGAAGACUUUGAUCUUUUCCAUGCAGAAUUCAUGUGUAAAGCUUGGCAGAGAUUUGUGAGUCACAGACUUGUGCUGGCUAAGAAUGGUGAGACCGGGAACCAGGAAGCCAGCUUUGUUGUUGGAGGGGAUUGUGUGAAGGGCAAUAGGCAGUUCAUUGUAAGUCAGUCUGGUCUACAGGUUCUAUGACAUGUUUUGUUGUCUUUGUGAAGAUUACAAUUAAUUGUACAGUGAAAUACAACCUGAUUAAAACUGCAUACUGGAUAUCAUCUUCUAGUGACCUCUCUUGUCAGCCCAAUCAUCGACCUUAUAACUGCAAUGUAUAUUUUUCACUGGGAUUCCAAAAUUGUUUCAGAGGGUGAAUAUUACAGUGUCACUCUUAUUCAAAAUUAAUACUUUAUCAUGUAUAACAAGCAUAAAUUUUGACUGAAAAACCUUCACUUACUAAAUAAUGCAUUUAUGGAAAAUAUCAAUAACUGAUAACAAGUUUAUAACUGUGUAUUUAAUAGCUGGAAGUGCAAAAGUAUUAAAUGAUUGGUGAAUAAUAAACAAUUUACUGUGGUCUACUAUUGUCUCAUAAGGUAGAAAUACCGUGUUUAAUGCUCAUUUCUUUCAAAUUAAACUCAGUUUCCUUCAUAAGAACCAUUGUUUUUGACAUAUUUUCAUCCUUUUUUUAAUAUUUUAAUAUUAAAACAAUAUUAUUCAUUGUGGUAAAUCUUGUUUGGGAGUAAUAGUGCAUCUUUAAGGGUGGACAACUUUAAAUGCAACAAAUGAAUCUCUGGGUUAUGGGUUGGAAUUGUGCUUUCCCUCUCAUUUUUAAAUAAAUUGUUUUUAACAACACUUUUAUCAGUCAAUUUGUGUAUUAUUAAUAAAAAGUGGAAUGUUGGGUCUACUUAUGUUCUUGUUUCAUUUCAAAUGAACACAGACUAGGAGUUGUACAUUAUAAACUUCGUAUCAUCUGAGCUAUAAGAGGCAAUUUACACCAUACACAAUAUAGAACACUCGAUUUAAUGUCACAUUGUAUUAUCAAUAUUGUUAAAUACUUGUUUAAAGUCAUAAUUUUGCCAAAUGAUAAAUUGUAAGUAUCAUCUAUCAGGUAAUGCAUGAUGAUGUUGUGAAAUAUAAAAAAAAAACUGGG